AUGGAUAAUGACAUUGAUACGCUUGUACAGAUGGGUUGGAAGAAGGAAUACGCAGAAAAAGCGCUUAGUGAAACAAAUCACCAAGGCCUGGAGGCGGCAAUCAACUGGAUUUUUGCACAUCCUGCUGUUGAUUCGGUGACGUCUCAGGCUACGAGAGAUGAUUUGGGUAUCAACAUUUCUACACUGAAAACCUUGCCGCAGGUCCCUCAAUCUUUCGUUUGCGAGGAAUGUGGAAGACCUCUGCGUAGCAAUGAUGAUGUCGAGUUGCACAGUGCUCGAACUGGACACAUCAAUUUUAAGGAAUCUGCUGACAAGUUAAAGCCGCUUACGGAUGAGGAGAAACAGGUGCAGAUGCGCCGACUGGAAGAAGCGAUAGUUCGAAGAAAAAUGAAGAGGGAGGAGGAGGAGAGACAAAAAUGUCUUCAGGAUGAGAAAAAUCGUCGUUUACAAGGGAAGGCUUCCCAGAGCGCGAAGGCGAUGUUUAGGGAAGAAAUGAUGAGAAGAGAGGCUGAGCAGUUGAAAAGGGACAGAGCUGAAGAUAAAGCUUACAGAGAAAAACUUCUUGCAGAAAUCGAGGCGGAGAAGGCCGAAAGGAUUGCUAAACGAAAGGGCGUACAUUCCAAGGAGAUCGCCCCCGCAGCGGCUUCUCAGCGUGAAGCUAAGUCGCCUAAUUCUCCUGCAGAAUGUCGACUACAGAUUCGUACUCCAUUCGGACAGCCAUUAAGGGGAACAUUUAAAUCUUCCGAAAACUUAGGGGCCGUGGUCCUUUAUGUUAGCCAAAAUUGGCCGAUGCAUCCAGACAGCACCACUCGUAUGACUAUUAACAGUUGCGAGAUAACGCUCCAGACGGCCUUCCCCAACCGGAAAUUUGGCGAGGAGGACCUCUCUAAGACUCUAAAUGAGUUGGGUCUCUGCCCCACAGCGGUUCUCAUGGCCCGUAGAAAUGCGACGUUUUAA